AUGAGCAAUUCACUUUGUCCUCGCUACCGUGGCCUGUCGACUUAUGAAAAGGAGUACCUUGCCAUUGUGGUGGUUGUAGAGCAGUGGCGUCCUUACUUACAACAUGCAGAAUUUGUGAUUCAUACUGACCAAAAGAGUUUGGCACCUGGAAGAGCAGCGGCUGUCCACACCUUGGCAGCAAAAAUCUUUCAUAAAACUUCUGGGCCUCCAAUAUCGCAUCCAUUACAAGAAAGGCACUCAUAA